AUGAGCCUUUGCUGCAUAGCCUUCGAAUCACCACCACAACUGCAUCAGUGCUGGCUGGGGUUGCUUAGCAACUGGACAGCACAGAGAUCCCUGAAGAAAACCUCCUCCUCCUCCUCUGUAUAAAAAACACAAGCUCGUGUGUGUGUGAUUCUCGAAUUGUGAAGUGCGCGUUAGCCAAAUUUCCAGCAAAAGGAAAUGUUUAUGUCUCACAUCUCCAAAAAAAAAAAAAAAAAAAAAAGAGCGACUCCUGGUGCGUAAUAAGGAAUAUGAAAUAAAUAAAUAAAUACAAAAUAAUAAUAAAAAAAAAAUAUUGCGCGUGUUCAUGUGUGGGUGCGUGUUUUUUUUUUUUUUUUUUUUUUUGGCAAAGUGGAAUAAAAUGCAUGAAAACGCACGGGCACACACACUCCCAGCAUCCUAAUGGGUUUCAGAGAGAAUAGACAGCGCAUGAACAGGCUGUCGCUAAGGAAUUCACCUUAGGUGUCUUCUUCUUCCUCUUCUCCCCCCCCCUCUCUCCAUCCCCCCAGUAGGAUAGGACAUCAUUUUAAUUUCAACUAAAAAAAAAAAAAGAAGACAUCCUCAUCAUGUCUCAUCGGACUGUUGCAUGUCUGUCAUGUGCUCAGUGUUUGGAGGAGAAGCAGAGCGCACCAACAUUAACGUGUUGAAACGCCAUUUACCGUCGGACAGCUGAGGCAAGUGGACUUUUUCUCCAAAUAGCAUCUGUGUGAGAUGAUACCGUGAUAUGCAUUGAGGUAUAUAAGGGGCCAUCCAUAUUUUCUCGGCAUCUAAUUUUUUUUUCUUCCAACCAGAGGAGUGAUAUAGCCUGCUCUGACGUCUGCAUCAGAUAUUACCCAGUGCUUUUUCAAUGUGCAUUUUCCCCUCAGUGACUUUGCGCUGAUCUACAUCAUCAUCAGCAGCAGCAGCAGCAACGGGGGGGACUAAAAAAAAAAAAAAAAAAAAAACAGGGAAUGAAGAUUUUCUUUUUUUUUUGGAAACCCACCGCUCCCCUUCUUCAGACGAUUUUUUUCCCAGCUCAAACAAAUAUCUUUUAACAACAUCAUCGCGGCUGGUGUGGAGUGUGGAGUAGUCUGGAGCCGGAGCAUCGCUGGAACCAUGCCUCUUCUGCAGAUUUGGACUGGGAAAUUUCAUCCGCCGAUUUGAGCGUCGAGAGGCUGCCGCUCACUCAUUCAUGCCAGUGUUUGUUUUUUUAAGAGGAAGAAUACUUGUCAUCACUUUUAAAAGUAUUGUGUAUGCUGUUUUUUGAGCAAGAUGUCUGAUCUUCUGGUGUUGGUCGAGGGGCUCUGUGACCUGCACGGAUUUCCAUAGCCGGGCAAAACAGCAGGGAGCCACAAUUACCACAUUCUUUUUUUUUUAUUUUUAAAAAUUUUAAUGAAGACACAUCGCAUGUAGGUGUAGUUUAUUCCACCUGUUUUUUUUUUAAUAAAAAAAAAAAAGGCAAUUAUUUUUUUUUUGUUAAUUGCCACUUUUUACUUUUCCUGGAGGACCACUGGACUGGUUGGAUUAUAGAAACUAUAUCUAAGGAUUUUGUGGAGAUGUUGGGUCGUCAAGAAGAUAAAUUAUGUGGAAUUUUCUCUGCUCUGACGGCUUUGUCCUUCUUCUGCUUUGCUCAAAGCUCUUCCACUGGAAGCACCGGAAUGUCUGUGGCCAAGGCCACCGUGGACAAGUUGCUGAAGGGAUAUGACAUCCGUUUAAGGCCUGAUUUUGGAGGUCCUCCAGUCACCGUAGGAAUGAGCAUCAACAUAGCGAGCAUCGACUCCAUCUCAGAAGUAAACAUGGACUACACCAUCACUAUGUAUUUCCAGCAGAGCUGGCAAGAUAAGCGUUUGGCCUAUAAUGAAAUGAAGCUAAACCUGACUCUGGACAACCGUGUAGCAGACCAGCUUUGGCUCCCUGACACCUACUUCCUUAAUGACAAGAAGUCCUUUCUUCACGGUGUGACGGUAAAAAACCGUAUGAUCCGACUGCACCCAGACGGCACUGUCUUAUACGGGCUGAGAAUAACCACCACUGCUGCUUGCAUGAUGGACUUGAGGAGGUACCCUCUGGAUGAACAAAACUGCACCCUGGAAAUUGAAAGCUACGGAUAUACCACAGAUGACAUCAAAUUUUUCUGGCAAGGAGGAGACAGCGCUGUGACGGGAGUCGACAAGUUAGAGUUACCUCAGUUUUCCAUUGUAGACAUCCGCUUGGUGUCCAGGGAGGUCAUGUUUACUACAGGUUCAUAUCCAAGGCUUUCGCUGAGUUUCAGGAUUAAGAGGAACAUUGGAUAUUUCAUCCUGCAGACGUACAUGCCGUCCAUCUUAAUCACCAUCCUCUCCUGGGUCUCCUUCUGGAUCAAUUAUGAUGCCUCUGCAGCUCGGGUGGCCCUGGGUGUGACAACGGUGCUUACCAUGACAACAAUUAACACCCACCUUAGGGAGACUCUCCCAAAGAUUCCGUAUGUGAAAGCCAUCGACGUCUACCUCAUGGGCUGUUUUGUGUUUGUGUUCCUGGCCCUGCUCGAAUAUGCCUUUGUAAAUUACGUGUUCUUUGGCCGGGGCCCUGCGCAACAGAAGAAAAUCAAUGAGAGGCUGAACAAAGCCAACAACGAGCGCACAAGAUACGAAGAGAAGCGCCUGAGGGAACAGGACUCCAUUUCCGUGCCGUUUCAAACCAACACCUUCAGGUCAUUUACACAGCGAAGAAAUCUGUAUCUCGAGGAACAAAGAAAAGUUGGGGUGGAUGCUUACGGAAACAUCCUCCUCACCACACUGGAGAUGAACAACGAAGUGAUGCCUUCUGACGUGGGGAGCAGCGUCAGUGACUCUCGGAAUUCAGUCAUGUCCUUCGACAGCUCCGGGGUCCAAUUCAGGAAGCCCAUGGCGCCCCGAGAUGGCUUCAGCCACCACUCGCUGGACCGGAGCGCCAUGCGGAGCCGGGCCAACUGUCGGCUACGACGACGCUCCUCCAAGCUCAAGUUGAAAAUCCCAAACCUGUCAGAUGUUAGCACCAUUGACAAGUGGUCCCGGGUCAUUUUCCCUAUCACCUUUGGAUUUUUCAACCUAAUCUACUGGUUGUACUAUGUGAAUUGAUGUGCAUCCCACUAGGAAUCAUGGGCCAUAUUUUGAGAGCACAUUAAAUUGGCUUUGAUACAGUUCCAAAAUAUGUAUACACAUAUACAAGUUGAACAUAUGUAUAUGCAUAUUUAUAUAUAUUAUAUUUAUAUAUACACGUGUGAAAUCUGAAGGACCUUUCUGCUGUACAAAGUAUUAAUAGGAUGACUUGAAUGUUUAAGAAUAAUUGUGAGAGAAGAAUUUCAAGGCUUUGAGUUUCUUUUUCCGCCCGAAAGAAAGAAAGAAAGAAACAAACGAACAAACACGAGACCCCGCCUGGGGUUUUUGGAACUAAAGACUGCAUGAUAUUUUUGCUAAAAAAAAAAAAACGAGAAAGUGAGAAGCUCUUGAGAGAGAAAAGAUGUCUCAGAGUCCCAUCGACUUUUUAUUGAUACUUAUUGUAAUCAAAAAUCCUCUACUGCAGCUCAUGAAAUCAGUGGUGGCUCGUCAGCUGAGUGAGAUCCUUGACACCCCCUCCCGCCCCUCCGCCGACCCGACCCCCCACGACCCCGCCCAUCGCCCAUGGAUAACAUGCACGGAAAUCUCCGGUUCUACUAUGUACAGCAACCUUGUUUGGAUUAUGUGUUGUUCCUUGGGUUUUUUGAAGUGAUAUCGUUCUCUUUAUCAGACAUCAGCUCUGGCCUAAUGGGCUCCAUUAGAGGGGUUGUGUGGAUGGGAUGUUUGACCGCCGCAUUCCCGCACCAGAGUCAACGCAAACUUGUGUUCCUUUCUCUUCUCAUGUUAUUUUUAGAAACACGUCCUUGCUGGUGGGGGUGGGAGGGGGGGUAUUUUUCAUUAUGGUUGAAAACAAGUGCUGAUUAUUGUAGAUAUGAUUUUGUCUUGAAAAAUACUGUGAUUUCAGAGAGUGUUGGAACAUGUUCUAGAGCUAGGGCAUUAUGAGAUAAAAGAGUCAAAGGUAUGCAUUACUCAUUUUGAUUGUGUGAAAAAAAAAAAAAAACAUAUUCUAUACAUUCUAUCAUUCAGUAUUCUCAUGAAAGUAUACUUGUACUGUUUAUUUCCUCCUAUUGAUUGAUUCUCAUGCUCUUUAGACGCAGAGUUCAUUGACGUCAUAUCCUGCUUUGUGUUUUCGCUAAUAGGAAAAUGGGAGGAUUGCUUUUGUGAUUCGUUUGACCACAGCAAAAAGAUGUGAGGACAUGUAUUUAUAUUCAAAAAGAGUCAACAUAUCAGCCCGCAGUUUGA